GCAUUGUGGGCCGAGGGGCGGGGGUUGGGAAGAUGGCGGCUCCCAGCCUCCUCAACUGGAGGCGGGUUUCCUCCUUCACCGGACCGGUGCCCCGCGCCCGGCACGGACACCGAGCCGUGGCCAUCCGGGAGCUGAUGAUCAUCUUCGGCGGGGGCAACGAGGGCAUCGCGGACGAGCUGCACGUCUACAACACCGUUACAAAUCAGUGGUUCCUACCAGCUGUUAGAGGAGACAUCCCUCCAGGCUGUGCAGCCCAUGGAUUUGUCUGUGAUGGAACUAGAAUCCUAGUGUUUGGGGGAAUGGUUGAAUAUGGAAGAUACAGCAACGAGUUAUAUGAGUUACAAGCAAGUCGUUGGUUAUGGAAAAAAGUGAAACCCCAGCCCCCUCCUUCUGGUUUCCCUCCUUGUCCUCGGCUUGGACAUAGCUUCUCUUUAUAUGGUAACAAAUGCUAUUUGUUUGGUGGUUUGGCAAAUGAAAGUGAAGAUUCAAAUAAUAAUGUCCCCAGGUAUUUAAAUGAUUUCUAUGAGUUGGAGCUACAGCAUGGUUCUGGUGUUGUGGGCUGGAGCAUCCCAGCCACCAAAGGCAUUGUACCUUCUCCAAGAGAAUCCCAUACUGCUAUUAUCUAUUGUAAAAAAGACUCUGCGAGUCCUAAGAUGUAUGUUUUUGGUGGAAUGUGCGGUGCUCGUCUGGAUGACCUUUGGCAGCUUGAUUUAGAAACUAUGUCAUGGUCAAAACCAGAAACUAAAGGGACAGUGCCACUUCCACGAAGCCUUCAUACAGCCAGUGUUAUAGGAAACAAGAUGUACAUUUUUGGUGGAUGGGUUCCACAUAAAGGUGAAAACACUGAGAAUUCUCCCCAUGAUUGUGAAUGGAGAUGUACCAGCUCGUUUUCUUACCUAAAUCUAGAUACAGCAGAGUGGACUACUCUAGUAUCAGAUUCUCAGGAAGAUAAGAAAAAUUCAAGGCCAAGACCGAGAGCAGGACACUGUGCUGUUGCAAUUGGCACUCGAUUAUACUUUUGGAGUGGAAGAGAUGGCUACAAAAAAGCACUUAAUAGUCAAGUCUGCUGCAAGGACCUUUGGUAUCUUGAUACCGAGAAACCUCCAGCACCAUCACAAGUCCAGUUAAUCAAAGCUACUACCAACUCUUUCCAUGUCAAGUGGGAUGAAGUGCCUACGGUCGAGGGCUAUCUUUUGCAGCUGAAUACUGACUUGACGCACCAAGCUACAUCAUCUGAUUCUUCAGCUGCAUCAAAUAUGCUAGGAGGCAGGACGGACCCUCACAGACAAGGCAGUAAUAGCACCCUUCAUAACAGUGUUAGUGAUACAGUAAACAGUACAAAAACUGAGCACACAGCUGUGAGAGGAACCUCACUGAAAAGCAAACCAGACUUGCGAGCAGCAGAUUCUAGUGCAGCUUUACACUCACCAUUGGCGCCGAAUGCGUCCAACAACAGCAGCUGUGUGGCGGACAUGCUGUGGAAGAAUGAAGUUGAUGAAAUAUGUGCUCUGCCUGCAACUAAGAUCAGCCGUGUAGAAGUGCAUGCUGCAGCAACGCCAUUUUCUAAAGAGACACCUUCAAAUCCAGUGGCCAUUUUGAAAGCAGAGCAAUGGUGUGAUGUAGGAAUUUUUAAAAACAAUACAGCUUUGGUGAGCCAGUUUUAUUUGCUACCAAAAGGAAAACAAAGUACGUCAAAGGUAGGAAAUGCAGAUGUACCUGACUACAGUUUGCUUAAGAAACAGGAUCUUGUUCCAGGAACAGUAUAUAAAUUCAGGGUUGCUGCAAUCAAUGGUUGUGGAAUAGGCCCUUUCAGUAAAGUCAGUGAAUUUAAAACGUGUAUCCCUGGUUUUCCUGGAGCUCCGUCUACAGUCCGCAUUUCUAAGAAUGUUGAAGGUAUCCACCUUUCCUGGGAGCCUCCAGCUUCACCUUCUGGGAAUAUUUUGGAAUAUUCGGCCUACUUGGCUAUCCGCACAGCACAAGUGCAAGAUAAUCCAAGCCAACUUGUGUUCAUGAGGAUCUACUGUGGUCUUAAAACCUCAUGUAUAGUGACUGCUGGGCAGCUGGCAAAUGCACAUAUUGAUUACACAUCCAGACCUGCCAUUGUGUUCAGAAUAUCAGCAAAGAAUGAAAAGGGCUAUGGACCAGCUACACAAGUCCGAUGGCUUCAAGGUAACAGUAAGAAAGCUCCUUUGAGUUGAGUUGUUUUUAUUAAAGCUGUUGUGAUAGUUAUUUAUUAGUAACUGGUUAUGAACAUCUGUUCUUUGAAAGUAUUCUCUGACUGUAUUUCUAGCAGUUAUGAAUUUGAGUUUGUAAGUUGUUCUUAAAAUGUAUUUGCUCACUUCUAGAUCCAAAUAAAGAUAGAAAGAAGCAAAGACUGAAAAUUAGUAUAUGGAUUCUUCCUUACCCAUAUAGCUACUUAUAAAGAAAAAAUAGCAAGAUGAAGAUAAAAGCCGUAAGGUGUAUUGCCCCCUUUCUUUUAUGAAGGCUGUGUAGCUCAGUCAUCCUGCGGCUGCUGAGAUGAGUUUAGUCACUGGCUGGUGGACACCUGCUGUGGUAGAUGUUUUCCAUGUUGUAAAUGCCCUGUCUAAGUACCCACUGGCCUUAUUCCAGGAACAGGGGUCUUCUAUCAGCUAUCUCUCAGUGCAGAGGAUCUGUAAUUCCAAGUUUAGUACUACCUUACUCCCUUAUCUUCAGUUGUCACAAGCUUAAGCAAUUAAAAGAGAAAGACUAGUUCAGCAACUCUGCUUUUGAUUUUUAAAAUUAUUUUCUGAGAAUUCUAGCAAAAUAUACAAAGGAUAGUGAACAGUCUUGAUUUGUAUCUGACCAGUAUACCUGAAUGUAUCUUUAGCUAAAGCACUUAGUCUGUCUGGCCCUUGAUCUCUUCACUAGCAUUGAAGGAGUUAGGAGAGUUUUCCUUAAAGUCCCUUUCAGCUCCAAGUGUUCCUAUUUUCCUUGGGAGUUGGCUAUAUCCCUGAACACUGUCACGUUUCAGCAGUCGUAAUGGCUUUAACUGCUUUCUCACCACUUCAUUAAAGAUUAGAGUAUGUCCUCCUCUUGAAGAAAGAAAGAAGCACCUUAACAGGACCCAGGUUUUUACACGGUGUUUUAAACAUUUGUAAGAUCUUUGUAUAUGCUCUAGAUGUUUUAUUUUUGAAUUAUUUUUACCUCAAAAUUGUAUAAGCUUUUUUAUAUCAGAAAAAAAGCAUUAGACAGCCACUUGAGGCUCCUUGCCACCUUAGAGAUGCAGAAAGCUCCGAGACCACUUGGCUACAGGUAACUUACUCUACACCAUUUGAAGUGUCAUAGUUUGGCUGCUUAGUCAGAUGGGAAGUGCAGUUGUGAAGUGACUACACACAGAGCAGGAACUGCAGAGGAGACGUUUCAGGCCGAGGGCUGCAGUAACCACAAGCACAGGACCAGCUUCUCCAGCUACACACUCUCACAUACUCGUGCCAGUUUAGGACAACUGAGUAGCUGUGCCCUCCAACCUUAUGUGUGAUAUGCCCAGUGCAGAUGAAUAUGAUUGUGAAGAAUUGAUAUAUAUAUGCCAGUUACUAACUUAAAGUGUAUAGAAUAUUUUAAUAUAUAAUUUUUUGUAAAGAACUGGGAUUUUUAUACUACAGUAUUUGUAAUUAAUGUGUCUCACUAAUUAAAUUUCUCUUGAAGAAAAUAUGCAAACUAUUAGACACAUGAGUGGCUUCUGAACUCUAAAGUUAAAUAAAUGCACUACUCUGGUGUUGUUCGGAUACCUUUUUUGGGCCCAUGAAUCUUCCUCAUUAAAAGGGUCCUUUCCCAGCAGUGUUUACAAGGAGCCUCUGGUUGGUUACCCCAGCAGUUCCCAUGGGAGAGCUUCGCUCUGCCUUCACUUCAUUCAUGUGCUUUGCUUUGGCAGCGCUUGCUUUUGCACUAGUAGCCUUUGAGCUUACCUCAUUAUUAUGUUUGCAAUCAUUUGUGUAGCUUCCAUGAUGUGUCUGAUAGAAGCAAAACAUGUCUUAACCAAAGGUACAUGGCAUGCAGAUUUGCACAUAACGAGUAUAGGCUUUGUUGUAUGUGUGUGCUCAGCUAGGAAGAAGCCAAGUUUAGAAAGGGUGCUUUAAGCCCAGUUACUUUAGUAGAAAACUUUGGGCUUCCAAUUCUAUUCUCUGUAUUAAUUAACAGUUUGCAUCUUGAAACCAUUUAUCUUACUAUUGAGGAAUAAGUUGAUGUAAAGCAAACUAGAACAUUGGUUUUGUGCACAUUUUUACCUGUCUAGUAUGUGGUUUAGUUUAUUUUGCUUAAAGGCAUUACCUUCUGUUCUAUACCAGGAGGCAGAUGUGAGCCCAUGGUUCUAAUACACAAUUUGCUUCUUUGAAGAAAGGGUAGCCUUUCUAUACUAAGCAAUUUGUUAAAAUAAUAAACCUUUUUUACCUCCAAUUGCCCAAAUUGUAUUUUUUCAUAAGCAUUACUUCCUUAAGCAUGAAUCAUGUUUCUGUUUCUGUUAUGGGACUGGUGGCUGAAAGAUCCUCUUAGCAGAUCUGUGUGGCUUUGCUGUUAGCAGUUCCUAUGGUGCUAGGACUGCGUGUCUGUGAAGUGAAUAGAGCAUCUGUCCCGCUGACAUGCGCACUGCUGGCUUCUAAGGACUGCACAUCGUCAGCUCCCAUCUUCAUCACACAGACCUUGUUUCUUUUCCUUCUUUUUGUGUGUGUGUGUGUGUGUGUGUGUGAGUGUGUGUGUGUGUGUGUGUGUGUGUGUGUGUGUGUGCAUGCGCGCGCCUGCGCUAGAGAUUGACCUUGGGGCCUGGGCACCUAGGCUAGUGUUCUAACACCAAGCGACACCACAGCCCAGGCAGUUAACUCUUCUAAGAGGAUUUCCCCUAAGUUAAGUUUCUUUUGUCUCUGAGCUGUAUAGCUGUCUUUGUGUCACAAGCCUCUUCCAUGUGUUCUGGACUUUGGUUCAUAUAAGAAAUAAAAAUAUUGUUGAUACUGCAUGCUCUUAGAAUUAUGUUUUAAAAAAUACUGUAUUGGCCUUAUUUUAGUUUAGCAAAUUGUUUUGGCAGUUUAACUAGAAAUAAGUUAUGUAUAAACUCAAUCUGUAUUUAAAACCUAAAAGAAUCUGACUGCAUGUGUGAGGCACCUUCGCCCCAUAACCCAGUUACAUGUAUAAUCAUCUGCAGAGAAGUAAAGCUGUUGCUCAUUAUUUCAAAGAUUUGUAGACUAGCAAAAAUUGCUUCUGCUUAGAGAGUGUCUGCUAUGACUAAGGGGUUUUAUUUAAGAUGGUAGCAUAUUAACAUAAAGACCAUUUGUCACUUUCUGUCUGGAGUGAUUCCUAUCUGGGGCUCCUGUAGUCAUCUGCGCCUAAGUGGAGAGACUGCGAGCGGGUUUGGUCUUUGGCCAUCUGAAGUGUAACUGUUGGGCUUCCCAAGAUGGAUUUUAGGCAAUCCUAUGUAUUGUGUACCAAUGAUGUGUAAAAUAAAAGCACCUUUUCUAUAAA